UCAUAAGCCUUUUUAAGAUCAACUUUCAGAAGGCAUCUGGGUGAAAUAGCUUUCCUGGAAUAAUCCCGAACUAGUUCUUGGGCUAGAAGGACAUUGUCAGUAAUCCUUCUCCUUUCCACAAAAGCACUUUGAGCGGGAUUUAUAAUAUCAGCAAAGAGGGGUCCCAUUCUUCUGGUCAAGAUCUUUGAUAUUGUUUUGUAGGUAACAUUUGCACAGGAAAUGGGUCUCAAAUCUGCGACGGAUGGGUUAUGUGAAGUUUUAGGGAUUAAGGAUAUAGAUGUGUGAUUGAGUUGCUUCAGGAGUUUUCCAUGAUAAAAGAAUUCUAUGAUCGCUGCAGUAAAGUCAUUCCCGAUUUGCUCCCAAUUCUUUAUAAAGAAUCCAGAUGAGUAACCAUCAGACCCGAGUGCCUUAUCCUCCCCAAUAUAAAAAAAGGGCGUCCUUCACUUCUUGUUGUGUGACAGGUUCAAUUAGUUUCAGUGACAUGGUUUGGUCAACUAGUCGGCCUCUUUUUAUAACAUUUUCUUCCAAAUUCUUACUAGGGGCAUCAGUGCCUACAAUCUUCUCAGAAUAGUGUGUAAACUCCUUGAUGACUUCAUCGUAUGAGGUGGUCUUCUGGCCAUUUCCUUUCACUACUGAGGCAAUGCAGUUUCUGGCGGCAUUUCUUUUUGUAAUAGCAUGAAAGUAUUUGGUGCAUUUGUCCGCCUCCACUAGGUGUGUGAUCUUUGCUCUUUGCUGAAAGAAGGAGAGCUCAGCUUCAAACAAGAAGGUAGCUUUUUGCCUGGCAGCUUUCACUUGUUCCAUGAUACUAGGGUUAUCUGGGUCCAAGUUUAGUAAGCUCUCGAGGUGUUUAAAAUUAUGCUUAGCAUCCUUUGUCUUAGCAGAGAUGUGCGCAAAUUCUGUUUUGUUGAUAUUUUUCAAAGGCCCCUUGAGUAACUUCAUUUUCGAGCAUAAUCUUAAUUGGCAUUAACCCUCAAUAUUUGUGCCCCAUACCUCUUGUAGUACUUCCUUGAAUUUUGGGUGAUUCAUCCACAUGUUGAAAAAUUUAAACGGCUUGUGCCUACCUUUUUCGUUAGUCAACAAGGAGAUGAUGGUAGGACAAUGGUCAGAAAUGAGAUAUGUCAUCAAAUUCCAAGAAAUUUGCCACACAGUUCAAACCAUUAGCCCUCCAAAUCUGAUUCAUAAGAACCCUAUCCAAUUUUUCCCAUCGGUUCCCUCUGUUCCAGGUGUAUUCAUUUCCAGUAGAUGGAGCAUCCUCCAAGUUAAGGAUGUUUCUACAAUUCAUCAGAUCUUUUGUGAAAUAGUCCGCAGGUUCUUUGCUUCCUCUUAUCUCCUUAGGAUAGCAUACACAAUUGAAGUCCCCCAUAAUAACCCAUGAGAUAUUUGUGUUCAGCCCAAGAGUAGUAAUUGAUCCCAAAGUUGCCUUCGCUCGACUACAGUGUACAGAGCAUAUACAAAGGUGGCAGCAAAAGACAACUGCGUGAUCAAGCACUGUAUCUUGCAAUGGAUGAACUGUGUGUCUACCUCUAACACUUCACAAUGAAUCCUCGUAGGAUCCCAUAGUAUGGCAAUCCUAUCACCAACCAAUCUGUGAAAAUUAUUUUCAGCCUUCCACCCUUGAAUCUAGUAGCUGCCAUAAGGGUCAAGCUACUGACUACCAUUUAGUUUGGUUUCCAAAAGACAACAUAGAGAAAUAUCAUACUUCCUAACAUAUUCAAUACUAUCCUUUGUUCCGUUUUAAUCGCAACAUGUUGAAUUUUACACUAUUCACAUGAUCUACUUUGACUACAUUUUACGCUACUAUUUUAUGAAAAUUACUACCUCCGUCCCUUAAAAUUUUGUCAAGUUUGACCGGCACGGGGAUUAAUAAAGGAAAAACUGUGUGGUUGAGGUUUGUGCAGAGGAGAGAGAAUUAACUGGAACCACAAAUUCUUUACUUAAAAGGGAAAGUGGCAAAGUUAGUGGAACAUCCAAAAAAGGAAAGUUGGCAAAGUUUUAAGGGAUGGAGGGAGUAUUUUUUAAGAUAUAAUUACGGUCAAAGACGUGCGUUGACAAAUGUGAAAUGCUGACCGUUGCAACUAAAAAAGAACGGAGGGAGUAAUAUUAUCUACUUUAGAGGCUCUAUUUAGUCCUCUAAUAUUCCACGAAAGCAUUUUCAUCAAGGACAUAUGUUUAAGGUAGUACCUCCUCCACCACUAAUAUUCCAUGGUCACUAUUGCCAAGGUUUGGUUUUAGGCUAGUGAUAGUUGUACUACCUGUUGGUUUAACUCUAGUCUUAGUGUCAGGUUGUACACUACUCUUCUGACCAGAGGAAGUGUAUCUCAUAUCUGUCACCUUUUUUACCACCCCAACCCCUUCUGCUACCUUGUGCUCUUUAUGAUCUGUUGCAAUAGAGCCCUUUUCUAAGCUUAUAGGACAGCUCCUCUCAUCCCCUUUCAUUUCAGGUGUCUCAGAAGAUGUUUGUGAUACAUCCUUUAAUACCCCUUGUUCAUCAUUUGUAACUAAUUGUGUCUCUAUAUUAGGUAUCUUAUCCUGAGCUUUAGGGGUUUCAUCUUGUGCUUUUGUAGCCUGAUUUGAUGUCAUCUCCCUUUGGGCAUCCAUAUUAACCCCGACCUCCAUUGUUUGAGUGAUCAUAUCUCCACGAAGCUUGUCUCCCGUGACAUUUCUCCUUACUUCUUCUAACAAUAGUUCCUUCGUUUUCCUUUCCUCCUCUACAUAUUGUUUCUUUUCCAGUUCAUGCAAGGUUUUACAAAUAAAGGAGUGGUGCCCAAACUUUUUGCAAUGGAAGCAAUAGUUUGGGAAUGUUUCAUAAAUUACAUACUGAGUGAAAAAUCUACCAGACCUCAGUCUUAGUUUGACUCUUAGAGGGGGUGGCUUAGAAAUGUCCACUUCAACUAAAACUCGGGCAUAGUCUUAGUCUCAUUGGUAUCACCAUCAGUGUAUAUAGGUUGACCAACCUUUGAGGCAAUAAGACUGAUCUUUUCUUCAUUCCAGCACUGUGCAGGCAAAUUAGGAAACUCGAUCCAUAUGGAGACCUUUAGAAAUUCCUCUUCUUCAAAAGUGAAGUCUUCAGAAAGUUCCUUAAGCAUCAACAUUCUUCCCAUAAUAUCAUAGGGGCCACUUAGAAGUACUUUAGUUCUGUCCUCUUCUGUCUUGAACCGAAAAACAAGCCACCCCCUGGAGUGAGGCAGCAAUUUACAUCUCACAUCCCAUGUCUCCAUAAGUUUGUAUACAGCUUUUAAUCCCGGAAAUCUUCCCGUGAAAAAACCAACAAGGCAGAACCCCCAUACGUCAACCAUAUUUUGUGGCUCACCGAUGCUCAGGUCAACAAAAUCACCAUCAGUAGGUAUAUAUCUAAGUUUCAUUCCUCUUGGUGGUGCUCUGUUGUCUUUGAAAAGUCCCACCCACGACGGCUUGCUACUUGUCUCCUUUUCUGGUUCAGCAUUUAAGUCAAACACCUGGUGUUCAAUAGAAUAUUGGUCUUUGUUAAUGUUUACGGCUGGAAUAUUUUCAUCCCCCAUUUCAAUCAUUUCUUCAGUUUCAUCAGUUUCCUCGACAACUUCCAGGUGUGAACGGUUAUGUUCAUUCAUUUCCUUGUCUUUCUCACAGGUAUGGUUCUUCUCUUCUGCACUAGAGCUAGUUUCCCCUCCUUUCCUGGAGUUAUUUGGAUUCUUAUGGUUCUUCGCGUGGCUUUUUCCUUUUCCAUUGGGGAAGGAGGGAAUGUAAACUUCUUGAAAGCCAGAGGAUUUAAUUCAAAGAGGUUGAUUUCUGGAUCAUUAGUGUUCUAUGAAGUUGGCAUCCAGUAGUUUUGAAAUAUCAAAGCCCUGGAGAGAGAAGCUCCCAAACCAACUUGGAUAUCUGGUGCAUUUUUAGGAGUUCCCUCGCCUCUGCUUGAAAGAACAAGAAGCUAUCAUCUGCAAAAAGAAGAUGACUAAUCGUAGGAGCUCCUCUACAUAUAUUAAUUCCGUGCAUAGCACCUCUCCUUUCGUACUGGCAAAUUAGAGCCAAGAGCCCUUCUGCACACAGGAUGAACAGAUAGGAGGAUAGUGGAUCCCCUGUCGCAAGCCUCUCCGAGGUACUAUUGGUCCAACCUUUUCUUCAUUAAUGCAAACCAUGUACCUUACCGUAGUCACACACAUCUUCAUACAGGAAAUCCAUUUCAAGCUGAUCCUCUCAAGAACAGAGAAAAGAUUACCCCAAUCAACUCGGUCAUACGCUUUACUUAUAUCAAUCUUAAGAGCUGGUGCACCCCGGUUUCCUCUCGUUUUGCACUUUAGAUGAUGUAUUAUCUCACUAGCAAUCAAUACAUUGUAGUCUAAGAUAGACCGACCUGAUAUGAAGCCCGAUUGUUCACUUGGGAUGCACUUUGGGAGUAUUUUUGGUGUCUGUUAGCUAGGACCUUAGAAACCAUUUUGAAGAUGACAUUGCAGAGGGAGAUAGGCCUUAAAUCACUCAUCGAGCCAGGAAUAUCACACUUUGGGAUUGAAACAAUGUUAGUUUCCCCAAUCACCUCGGGAAGCCUUUCUUGUUCAAGCCACAUUUUACACGUCUAGUUUAUCUCCGAACCACUUCGUGACCAGAAUCUCUUAUAGAAUGCUGGAUUCAGCCCAUCAGUCCCCGAAUCCGAAUGCAUCUGAAAAAUAGCCAUUUUGAACUCGUCAUCUUGGAAAGGAGCAGUGAGGCCUCUGUUCAUCUCUUCAUCAACACAAUGCAUAAUAUUAUCCAGCACCUGCACACAAUUUGCAUCACCAGGUUUAAAUAAAUUAGUAAAGUACUCAUGCACAACUGUGCGCAAGCCCCUCUUUGAAGGAUACCACAGAUCCAUCCUCCGCUAUCAGGCUAUUGAUCAUGUUCUUUUUCCUUGUGGAUGUAGCUACUGCGUGAAAAAAAUUAGUGUUCAUGUCCCCGUCCCGCAUCCAAAAGACCUUUGCUCUUUGCCUCUUUGACGCCAAAAGGACUCUUCCUGUGCUAACUGCUAAUAGCCUCGCAAGUUCCCCUGAAGGAUCAUUGAUUCACGUCCAGCUUCUACCGUUGUGGAGUUCUUCGCUGGUUCCAGCCUAGUUCUGCACUUACCAAUAGCAUCAAAAUGUUUGUGUCUCAACUUACAGCCCGAAGAAUCAAGUCUGGCAGUACACUUCUCGAGCUUGGUAAGUUAAACUCAUCCUCGACAGCUUUGUUUAGUUCUGGCUAAGCCAACCAGAAACUCCUCUGCUUAAAGGUCACCACUUUCGGCUCUGUUAACAGCAAUAUAGGUGAGUGAUCCGAGUGUGAAGCAACCACAUUAGUUAGGUUACUCAAUGGAAAUCUCUGGAGCCACAUUUCAGUAGCCAUAGCCCUAUCAACCCUUUCUUCCCUUGCAUCCUCUGUGUUUAAGCUUCUCCACCAGAUGUAUGGUCUCCCUUGCAACGGAAUAUAAUUAACCCACUCUCCCGUACAACCUCUAGAAAGCCAUUGAUUAACCAAGCAGGAACUUCCGCUCUGCCCCUCUUUUCCUGUUGACUUAGGUCAUUAAAAUCUCCAGUUAUACACCAUGGAAGAAGAUUAAUCGAGAAUUGCGUGUCCUCUUUCGUUCAACUCUCAAAUCUGCAUUCCAUAACUCAAAGAGCUUGUCAUACUGAUUAUCUGAGUGGCCCAUAACUCCACAAAAAAAGCGCUACUCCGACUCCACAAGUUCACACUCAGGGCCAAGUCUCAUUUGCAAUUGGAUCCUAUUAUGAAUUUUUUCUACAUUCUCUUUCAAAUAAUUAGGACCCCAGUAGAAUAGAGGAACACUUUUCCCUCUAGAGAUGACUUAGUUAGAUGUAGCCAUAUUGGUUUUGAAUCCGCUUUUUAUCGAUUUUGGUUUUGAUGGAUUAAUGGGACUAGGUCCGGAGACUAAUCAGCCCAAGCCUCGAACUUGGACCCGUGGAUCCAAGUCCACAACCUGGAGCCUGCCAACCAGUCCAGCGGGGAGCCUGCCAGUCCGGUCGACCUCCCAGGCCGGAAGAGUAACGGUCAAACAAUCAAUGCACUAUUAAUUAUGUAUUUAAUUCUGUAUUAAUGUUGUAAUUAAUUAGUUAUUAUUAUCGGUAGCGGUUACGAUUUGUAUACGCCUAUAAAAGGAGGAUUGUUAUUCAGAUUAUGGGAAGCGAAUUCUAUAUGCUAUUUCUAGCAA